AUGGCUCACGGGCCCAGCUGCUCCACGGCAUGUGGGAUCUUCCCAGACCUGGGCACGAACCUGUGUCCCCUGCAUCGGCAGGCGGACUCGCAACCGCUGUGCCACCAGGGAAGCCCAAAACAUUUGUUUUCUGCUAUGACCUUACAUAGCAUUUUGGAAGCCCUGCUCUUCCACUUUUAAUAGUCUCCCUUACUUAAAAAUAGUUGUGUCUAUUUCAGCUCCCGUGCUAGAUUAUAAAUUCCUUGUAGUCAGGGAACAAGUCUUCGGUCAGAUUGGUUGGGUUGAAGUAGAGUUGCAUAACCCCCUGGAGAUCUUGGGGGGAGGUAAAAGUCAUUAGAUAAGGGAGCCUCCUUUUCUAGCAGUCCUAGAGGAGUGGUGUUAUACCUGCCUCACUGGUAGAACAUUGAAUGACUGUGAACAAGGACCAGCUGACUCAAAGUGGGAAGGAUACAUUUAUUUACUAGAAUUUCCUAAUUUCUCAAUUGUCCAUUUUAAAGAUUUUAUUUCUUUGGAGUUUUUUACCACUGAAACUUUUUUGAUUAAAACCACUUUUAAGCAUACACGAAAAAUAAACUUUGGAGCCUGCAAAAAAAGAAAGAAGAAAAGAAAUAAAUAAAACUUCUUUUAAGAGUAUAAAAGAAAUGUCAUAUUUGCAGAGCACAUGCACCAUCUCAUUUGAACACAUUUACAGAUGAGGAAGGUCACAUUCAAAAAGUUCAGUAACUGUCCAUGAGCUGAGACGGGACUAGUUCUUCUCAUUGUGGGGAGUGUGUGAGUAUGUGUGUAUGUCAUACCCUGAGAAGUAGGUUUCCCAUAAACGAUGCUUCUGGAGAGCACAGAGCAUUUUCAAUGAAGCAAUAUGCCAGGGGAGUUCUUUAAAGUCCUUUACAGUUUGGAAUUUAUAUGUUCAUUGAACUUUAUAGUUUUACUCACCAAUCAUCAGUAAUUUUAGUUUUUCUUCAUUUUUUAUUUCGAAUUCCUGACGUAGCUUCAUGGUCGUGUUGUGACAGUAAAAAAAACAAACAAAAAAAAUAUUGAGGAGCAUUCAGUUAGGUUUGCACUUGACAUGUUUGUGUUCUUUUUCAUUAACAGUCUCUGAUAUUUGAUGAAGUUGACCUCUCAGAUGCCAGUGUAGCUGAAGCAAGCACAAAAAAUGCUAACAACAGCUUCACGAUAAUCACUCCAUUCAGAAGACUAAUGCUUUGUGCUGAGAAUAGGAAAGAGAUGGAGGAUUGGAUCAGCUCGCUCAAGUCUGUACAGACCAGAGAACCUUACGAGGUGGCCCAGUUUAAUGUGGAACAUUUCUCAGGGAUGCAUAACUGGUACGCCUGCUCCCAUGCCCGACCCACUUUCUGUAACGUCUGCCGAGAGAGUCUUUCUGGAGUCACCUCCCAUGGCCUGUCCUGCGAAGUGUGUAAGUUCAAGGCUCAUAAAAGGUGUGCAGUGAGAGCAACAAAUAACUGCAAGUGGACGACCCUAGCCUCCAUCGGGAAGGACAUCAUAGAGAACGAGGAUGGGCUGGCUAUGCCCCACCAGUGGCUCGAGGGUAACUUGCCCGUGAGUGCCAAGUGCGCUGUGUGUGAAAAAACGUGUGGCAGCGUUCUCCGUCUUCAAGACUGGAGAUGCCUUUGGUGUAAAACGAUGGUACACACUGCCUGCAAAGAUUUAUAUCAUCCUAUAUGUCCACUUGGCCAAUGUAGAGUAUCUGUCAUACCUCCAAUUGCACUGAACAGCACCGAUUCUGAUGGUUUCUGUAGAGCAACAUUUUCAUUCUGUGUUAGUCCUCUAUUGGUUUUUGUCAAUUCUAAGAGUGGAGAUAAUCAGGGAGUAAAGUUUCUUCGCCGAUUUAAACAGUUACUAAAUCCAGCUCAGGUGUUUGAUUUGAUGAAUGGCGGUCCUCAUUUAGGUUUAAGAUUAUUCCAGAAGUUUGACAAUUUCCGGAUUCUUGUUUGUGGAGGAGAUGGAAGUGUAGGUUGGGUUUUGUCAGAAAUCGAUAAGCUCAACUUGAAUAAACAGUGUCAGCUGGGAGUACUGCCUCUGGGUACAGGAAAUGACCUUGCCCGGGUUCUUGGCUGGGGAGGCUCAUACGAUGACGACACCCAACUUCCUCAGAUACUUGAGAAGCUGGAACGAGCCAGCACCAAAAUGUUGGACAGGUGGAGUAUAAUGACCUAUGAACUCAAAUUGCCAGCAAAGGCUUCUCUACUUCCAGAACCUCCAGAAGCAUCUGAAGAAUUUUAUAUGACAAUUUACGAAGACUCAGUUGCAGCUCAUCUUACAAAAAUCCUCAAUUCUGAUGAACAUGCAGUGGUCAUAUCAUCUGCCAAGGUACUUUGUGAAACUGUAAAGGAUUUCGUUGCCAAAGUAGAGAAGGCGCAUGAAAAAACAUUGGAAAAAGCUGUUGCAGCCGAUGCCGUGGCCAAUAAAUGUUCAGUUCUAAAUGAGAAGCUUGAACAACUGCUCCAGGCUUUGCACACAGAUUCCCCGGCUAGUCCGGUUCUCCCGGGCAUCACCCCUCUCAUUGUAGAAGAAGAUCCUGUGGAAUCUUCCAGCGAAGAAUCCUUGUGUGAAAGCAAGGAACAACUCUUGGAUGACACAACAAAACCUUCCUCCCAGAAAACUGUCAAACCGAGGGAAGUAAUGCUGCGGGCAAACAGUUUAAAGAAAGCAGUGAGGCAAGUCAUUGAAGAGGCCGGAAAAGUGAUGGAUGACCAGACAGUUCACUCCUCUGAACCAGUUAAUCAAUCAUUUGAUUACGAUAGCACAGAAACAGAUGAGUCUAAAGAUGAAUCAAAAGAAGAUGAUGCAAAAGCGUCAUUAACUGUUAAAACUGCACCUCGGUCUCCAGAUGGCCGGGCAAGUCGUUUCCAAACUGACUCUGGCUCUGGUCCUGCCGUGGCAGCCAGUAAAGAAAACCUCCCAGUGCUCAAUACCAGAAUAAUCUGCCCAGGUUUAAGAGCAGGACUAGCUGCCUCAAUUGCUGGGAGUUCUAUUAUCAACAAAAUGUUACUAGCAAAUAUUGAUCCUUUUGGUGCAACGCCAUUUAUUGACCCAGAUCCAGAUUCAGUAGAUGGAUAUUCAGAAAAAUGUGUCAUGAACAAUUACUUUGGGAUUGGAUUAGAUGCAAAAAUUUCAUUAGAAUUUAAUAAUAAGAGAGAAGAGCACCCUGAAAAAUGCAGGAGCCGAACUAAAAACUUGAUGUGGUAUGGAGUCCUUGGAACCCGGGAGUUAUUACAGAGAUCGUACAAGAAUUUGGAACAGAGAGUUCAACUGGAGUGCGAUGGGCAGUAUAUUCCUCUCCCCAGCCUGCAAGGGAUAGCAGUGUUGAACAUUCCCAGCUACGCCGGAGGCACUAACUUUUGGGGUGGAACUAAAGAAGAUGAUAUAUUUGCUGCACCAUCAUUUGAUGACAAGAUCCUGGAAGUCGUUGCAAUAUUCGAUAGCGUGCAAAUGGCAGUUUCAAGGGUCAUUAAACUGCAGCACCAUCGAAUAGCCCAGUGCCGUACAGUAAAAAUCACUAUAUUUGGUGAUGAGGGAGUCCCAGUGCAGGUGGAUGGCGAAGCAUGGGUUCAGCCUCCAGGGAUCAUCAAAAUUGUGCACAAAAACAGAGCUCAGAUGCUCACAAGGGACAGGGCCUUUGAAAGCACUCUGAAAUCUUGGGAAGAUAAGCAGAAGUGUGAUUCUGGUAAACCAGUUCUUCGAACCCAUUUGUACAUCCAGCAUGCUGUUGACCUGGCGACAGAAGAGGUGUCUCAGAUGCAGCUGUGCUCACAGGCCGCAGAGGAGCUCAUCACCAGGAUUUGUGAAGCAGCCACCAUCCACUGUCUUUUGGAGCAAGAACUGGCGCACGCAGUGAAUGCAUGCUCCCACGCACUGAACAAAGCCAACCCACGCUUCCCAGAGAGUCUUACGAGAGACACUGCCACUGAAAUAGCCAUCAAUGUGAAGGCCCUAUAUAAUGAAACAGAGUCUUUACUAGUUGGCAGGGUUCCUUUGCAGUUGGAAUCUCCACAUGAAGAGCGGGUAUCCAAUGCCUUGCAUUCCGUGGAGGUGGAGCUACAGAAAUUAACAGAGAUCCCUUGGCUUUAUUAUAUCUUACACCCAAAUGAGGAUGAGGAGCCCCCCAUGGACUGCACCAAGAGAAACAGCAGAAGCACAGUAUUCCGUAUUGUGCCCAAAUUCAAAAAGGAAAAGGUUCAGAAGCAGAAGACAAGUUCACAGGCUGUUCAGAAAUGGGGCACAGAGGAAGUUGCUGCUUGGCUGGAUCUGCUCAAUUUGGGAGAGUACAAAGAAAUCUUCAUCCGUCAUGACAUCAGAGGGGCUGAACUCUUGCAUCUGGAAAGGCGAGAUCUUAAGGUAUUUCCUUUGUGCUACUCUUCUGCUCUUAAAAUUUUUCUUGCAAAACAGACUCCUUUCUCCUGUGCUGUUCUGUUCUGUGCUUAUAGCUUGGCUUACGUUAUGCAAACGUGCAGCAAUCUAAUAUGCGUUGUCCUGUGGUCUGAGUUCCUGGUAUGCUUUUGAAACAAGAAUGUCAGCAAAAUUUUCUGUCAAAAUCAUUGUCUGACUGUUAGAGCUAAAGCUGAGCAUGAACUUAGUAAGUUUUCUCUGCAUCCAUUGGUACGGCUGUUCCUGUGCUAAUAUUUCCAAAUGGAUCAUAUUUCCAUCAGCUCAUUUUUUUGGAUCAACAUGAAAGGCGAUAUUUGUUGCUGAAAAUAUCUAAUAAAAGGUUAACAGCUAAGAAUUAAUUCAAAAUACCAAUAACAAAGCCUUUCUAAUAUAUAGAACUAGAUGAGAGACUUACAGCAGUGGCUACUUAGAGUCCUAUGAUUUGGUUGUGUUUCAAAAUUGAGCUUUCAGAGGUCACAUGAACUACUGGACAAAUAAAUUCAAAUUUCCUUUCCACGACUUAUUAUUAAAAUUGUAUUCUUCUCAGAAAUAAAUGUAUUAUUUUCUUUAGUAAAUGAAGUAAAAAUGAUGCCUUGUUUUUGCUAGAAGGCAGCCCAAAGCCUAUUUGUCUUUUAUGAAAGGGAAUGAAAAGUAUUAAUUCAUGGUCUGCAGCAAUUCCCUUUUAUUCUUUGGGUGGAGACUCAACCAUAGAAAUGGCCAAAGAAGAGUGUUCUGUCCCAGGGUUAGAAGUAGGAUUUUGUAAUGUUAUAUUUUCUUACCCCACGCUGCCAUUUAAAAAUUCCA